UCUCCCCCCCACCCUCAUGCGGCGUCAAACCAUUUGUGAGCAGUGACAGAGCCAGAUUGGGCCGAAAGGAUAUGAGUGGGAAACUUUAAAACCUGCUCAUGUUUCUACAGAGGAUCCCUUUUUCCCCCCUGCGCCCGACUCCUGUUUCUAGUAGUCAGGUAGGGAUGCUGUGCGGACCAUUCCAUCGUCUGUCCCAGGCUUAUGGAGAACCGCUGACUUGCUGGCUUCCAGGUACCAGGGUGCUGAAAUGGAACAUAUAUUAUUGAUUCUUUUACUGUUUAGUAAAACCUUUUCAGCUGAAGCUCAGUUCAAUGGAUACAACUGUGAUGCCAACUUUCACAGCCGCUUCCCUGCGGAGAGGGAUAUCAGUGUGUAUUGUGGGGUUCAGACAAUCACCCUCAAGAUCAACUUCUGCCCUGUACUCUUCUCUGGCUACACUGACUCAGACCUGGCCCUCAAUGGUCGCCAUGGAGACGCCCACUGCAGAGGAUUCAUUAAUAACAACACCUUUCCCACCGUUGUAAUCUUUAGUAUCAGCCUGGCAACGCUGGAGUCCUGUGGUAAUUCCCUGGUGGUGUCCAUGGCUCAAGGACCCAAUGCUUACGGGAACCUGUCCCUGGUACAAAUUGGAAACAUAUCGGGGUAUAUCGACACACCAGACCCCCCAGCUAUCAUCAGCUAUCUGCCAGGUCUGCUGUACAAGUUCAGCUGCAGUUACCCCCUGGAAUACCUGGUCAACAACACACAGCUGGCCUCGUCAGCUGCUGCAAUCUCAGUGAAGGAAAGCAAUGGUACUUUCAUCAGCACACUGAAUCUACUGCUUUACAAUGACUCAUCCUACAUUCAGCAGCUGUCCAUCCCCAUGGCAGGACUGACCUUGAAGACACGAGUUUUUGCAGCUGUAAGAGCCAGCAACCUGGAUAAAAGAUGGAAUGUUCUAAUGGACUACUGUUACACCACACCAUCUGGAAACCCUAAUGAUGACCUCCGCUAUGAUCUUUUCUUUAGCUGUGAAAAAGACCCUCAGACCACUGUCUUUGAAAAUGGAAAGAGCCAAAUGGGCCGCUUUGCCUUUGAAGUAUUCCGCUUUGUAAAGCACAAGAACCAGAAGAUGUCCACUGUCUUCCUGCACUGUGUCACCAAGCUGUGUCGAUCUGAUGACUGUCCAAUGCUCAUGCCAAUCUGUGGCAGCAGGAAAAAGAGAGAUGUCACAGAAGAAAAGGAAUCAAAUGCUGCAUCUGGAAAUGCUGUCUUGACUGCUGGGCCUAUCAUCACUCGGAGUGAUGAGACAUCAACCAACAACUCUCAGCUGGCAAAUAUGAAAACUCCAGUGUUCCAGAUGAACACAGUGACGAGCGCGCUCAUCUCAGGCGUGAUCAUUCUGGGCGUCAUGAGCGUUUGCUUCUUUAUCUUCUCCGUCACCCUCCUCAAAGGGAAGAGUGCUCCUGUUAGCGUCCUGUCUGGAGUCCGCAAUCCAGCGUUCAACUGAGCGCCUGAACCCAGCUCACUGCAGAAACUCCUCCACAGCUCACAAUGCUAAGGCGUGAGAGUGAAAAACAGAUGCAACGUGAUAUUUGUGCAUGUAGUCAUUUUACAGGAGAAAAAAGUAUUGAUUUAGUUGACUAUUACCAGGUCUGUACAAUGUGCAUUAGUGUAGAAGUAAAGCAGGAUUUUUUAUAUGUUGUUCUGUGCUUUGUGUUUUAACCACAUGGAAGGCCAAGCCUCAGCCUGCAUGUGAUUAUUUGCCAUGCAGCUUUAACCCACAUAGCGGGGACACUCAUAACUUAAUUCAAUACCUCAGCUAUACAGCUUUCAUUGCAGGGUACAGGAUAAAUAAUGAGUCUUACAGUACAUUGUAAUAGUGUAUGAUUUUCUGGCAAAACUCACAGUUGCUGUUUAGAAGCUGAAAUAUAGGAACACUUCAUUAAAACUAUAACUUGAGACAAUGAAAAAAACUCUAGUGUAUAAAAUUCAAGGUAAUUCCUUUGACUUAGUUAUUAAACGAGCUAAAUGCUCAGUAUUAAGCAUAAAGCUUUUAAAGUUUUCUUGAAAUAAAUUGAAAAUGUAAAGGUACAUGAUAUAAUAUUUGGAAUAAAUGCUAAAUUUAUUAAUAUUGCUAAAUAUUAGAGAACUAGUCUUAUUAAUAAACAUCUGAUAGGUCUAUUCUGCCUAAAUAUGUACUUCACUCACUCUGCAAAGAUUUUUUGCAAUGUGGUAGAAAUAAACUUGUUUGUUCAAUUUCAUUUGUACAAGUACCUGUUGUAAUUGUGUGUAACGUUCCCGAAAUGUAUUCUUAAAAUUCCAUUGAUGAUUCCUGAAAUGUUCCAACUGUGUACAAUUGUGCAUGUUGCAAAUAUUGCACUUUGAUUUGUGAUUAAAACUGGUCCAUUGUCA